UUUGGAAAUUCUUUGGAAAUUUGUGUGGUUUUUCAGUAAAAAGAACUAGGAACUGUUUUUCGUCAAACUAACAGUUAGACGUAAGCUAUAAAUGGAUAAUGGCGACAAAUAGGCCUCCAACGUUGUGACUUCUACCUACCGCCGAGAAAGUACUCUCAUAUGGGAACUAUUUCUCCUUGCAGAAUAGGGAUUUUAGAUGCAGCUUGACAGAUAGAAGCCAUUGAGUUUUUCCCUGGUCGCUUUUCGCUUAAGAUAACAAUCUUGUGAAGAGCGUGAUAUCUAGGCCGAUACUCAUCCGUAGUUUUGUGAUAUUUACACCUUUAGAGGUGUUUCUUUGUUUUGAGAAUGGAACCCAAACAUAGUGUUUUCUUUUAGCACUGUAAUUACUAAGCCGUGAAGAAGUCAGGAAGUUUAGAGUUAGGUUUUGUAAUCAAAAUAUGAACUUGAUCUUUGUAUGUAUUUGGCGUUUAUCUGGAUAGUAGUCGGGUUAUCUUACGUAUCAGUCUAGUAAAGCAAACUCUAUUGUUGAAUCAUAUUAGACAAUUUGACGCAAGGCGAGUCUUGUACAAGCGAUGGCGAUCUUUAAAAUGUUCCUCGAGAGCGUAUAUUUGAGUUAGAUAUACCCCCUGAUAUCAGAUCAAAGCCUUAGCGGUUUCCUGUUUGAGAACUUUGCAAAUUAUCGCUCGCGUUCACAAGUCAGAAAUAUUUCGCCGUAGAAGUUUUGACGCCGAAAUUGAUCCCGAACUCUCGACGAUUGCUUGUGUUUGGUGGGCGGUAGAGUUGAAAAUAAACUAGCAUUGAUAUUAAUUUCCCCAAACAACUAUACAAUAGAUUGCCAUAAACAGUCUUGUGUUUUAAUAGCAAUAGCUCAAUCUGCUAUCACAGCGAUUACAUUGGGAGAUUUCAUCGCGAACGUGUACACAAAGUCUCCAGAAUCGAAGUAUCUAACUGAUAACCCCUUCCUCUCCGGAGUUAUCUCGCUCAGAAAACCUUGCAUAUGUGUUAUUGGGGAUUUAGUCUCCAUGUGUAAGUAAGAUAUAGUUAGUUGAUCGCUUCGAUUGCUAGAGAAAGGGUCUUUGCACGGCUUGGUGCCUUUACCAGUACUUUCGUACAGUUUUCUACCAUCGACACAGGCAAAAGACUACAGUCCCUUGUUCUUGAGAUGACGUCAGCUUGCGGUGGCAAAGGCUGUUGCAUUCUUGGCAAUCUGUGCCCCGUAUUCAUUCACGAAGCAGCUAUUCGACGCACCGGUAUACCGUGCCUACCUAUAGUUCCAAUGGAAACAGUUAAUUCCGAGCAUCGUUGGAUUCAUCCUAUCGUUAACGGACAGCACGAAAGUCCCCACGGAUCGUCAAACAGCGAAAGAGGACAGUCGGCAAAUUGCGCCAGUGGAAGCAUAAAUAUCGUCGAACCUACUCAACUAUUGCCUCCUGACGAGGUUGAUGUAUUUUUCCAUCAUCUCGACGGGUCGGGUAACGCAGCUAACUGGUCGUACACUUCUGGUCCUCGGUCUUACAGACCUUCGAUGUGUCACCAAAUGGCGGCACACGGACCUACAGCUUUCCAAGACCCACAAAACCAGCCCAGCACGCCAGGCAGUUGUAGUAGAGUAUUUCUACCGACUGCGCGAGUGCCGAGCAGUCAAGUUUGCCGGCCACAUUUCCACACUCCAAUCCAGUGGAUAGAAAGCAAGCCCUCUCCGCUACACUGUGCAACACCGAAUCCAGCUUCUGUUUGGUGUCCUCCUUUCCAACAGAGUUAUCGUCCAAAUCCAGCGUCAGUCAGUGGAUCGUCGUCUACUUCUGGCUCUCACUCCAGCAGCCAUCUCUUCUCGUUUCCUCCAACACCACCGAAAGAAACAAGCUUAGAAGGAGGUACGCUAUCCAGUGAUUUCUUCAGCUACGGGAGUGAUGACAAGAGACUAAAGGGACUUCAAUACGGGACUCCACUAAGGGCCGACGUACCAUCAUUUCCAGGUUAUCCUCAAGCUCUUCCACAAUACUAUGGUUCGGACCUUAAUAUGCCUUCUUUUGGGCCGGGGUUACCGGGAAUAAUGGCUAAUAGAAACUUAACUCGACCCAGAACCAAGAGCCGUUCAAAUUCAGCAGAUGGACGGGAGUGCAUCAAUUGUGGAGCAACGUCCACACCGUUAUGGCGAAGAGAUGGAUCUGGACAUUACUUGUGCAAUGCUUGUGGCCUUUACCACAAAAUGAAUGGUUCAAGUCGUCCUCUAAUCAAACCUAAGAGAAGAUUGUCGGCCGCCCGCCGAGCCGGUACUUCUUGUGCUAAUUGCCAUACAACCCAAACGACCCUUUGGCGAAGGAACCAAAACGGAGACCCAGUUUGCAAUGCUUGCGGAUUAUAUUGGAAAUUGCACGCUGUGAACAGACCACUGUCCAUGAAAAAAGAUGGCAUUCAGACAAGAAAUCGAAAAGUUUCCUCGAAGAGUAAAAAUAAAAACAAGGGCGUCAAACAAGAACCCAAGCUCGGAGAUGAAAAUAGGAUGGGGCUAAACUCUUCUAGUCCUCUAAUGAACCAAACAAACGUGAUUUCAUCCAGUAUUUUGAGUCCGAUGGUCGGGCCAAACGGCAUACAUACCACAGCUUUUAGCAGGCCAUCCAUGCCGGGUCUACCGAGUAUCCACCCGGGACUUUACAGCCCGAUAGUACCGGCGAGUUCCACAUCAUCAAGUUACAAUUCCUCGUUAUCGAUGAAUUCGUCUUGAGCUGUGCUCACGAUUUUGUGAGCUUCCAAAUGAGAUGCCGGCCAAGCAGAAAAGAGAAGAUGUAAUCCUUCGAGAAGUGAACAUAGUUUGGCCAAGCCGCCUUCGACGAAAUAGCGUCAAAAAUUCUGCUUUGGAAAAAAGACAGUUUUGUCGACAGAAGUGUUUUACACUUUGCAAAUACUAAAAUUCGUAAGCUGAGGUCUUCAUUUCUUUUUACAUAGCUUAUAUUAAAAAAAAGACUUCCAAGAUUUGUACACGAACUCUGACAAUAUUCAGAGAAGCGAGUCUACCAAGACAGCAGAAGUGAACGAGGACAACUGUGUCGCGUCCUUGACAAUCUUUCUUAAAUGAACGUUUAGGCGAUAACAGGAGUAUUUUACAGGCUCACUACACCGUUAAAUAUUGUAAAGUCAUACAUGAUAAGAUUGACCUGUUGUAAAAUUUAACUUGGAAGGAGAUAAAUGUUUCUUUCCCCAAGAUAAAAUCCUGGUAUUUGAUUUCAUGAUAUUUUUUUGUGUAAUUAGUUUUAUCGUGGAGACUCGUAUAUCACCCAAGCGUGUAAAGCACCGUUCGUUCGAAAAGAUAGCGAGAUUGUAUAUAUCUAUCUCUACAUAAAUCUUUAUAUAUAUAUAUCUAUCUAUAUCAGAGAAACAGAGGAUAGAGGUAUUGAUCAAAAAAUGAGAAAAAUAAAUGAAAACAUGAGAAAAAAUAUAAAAAAAUGCAAUGGAAGUCGUUCAUUGCUGUUCUCAAUAGAACUUAGAAAUAUAGCUUACAGUACAUUCGUUCGUAUCAGAGAAUUAUUUGAUGUACACACAAAAUGCGAGCAAGAUUAUUAUGUAUAAAGAAACUUUAGAGUUUUGUGUCUGAUUCUCUAGCUGUAAUUGUAUACGAUAUUAUAAUGAAAUAAAGAACCCUGAAUCUUCAAAAUUGAA